GCAGACCCGGAAGUCUAAAGCCGUAUCGGUUUUUCCCCCACAACCGGCAUGUAAAUACUAUCUUGUAGCGUUUGGCAUAGACAGCGCAAACCUAGAUUUAAUGUUAGGAGCAGCUCAUUUAGAUGUGUCCAACCCUGCAGCGCUUUAACAUUAGUCGAAAGCUUGCUUGCGAGUGGCUUAAACGUGUGUCCUGAUAUGAAACGGUGUCCCAAUUGAUCGGCUGAGAUGCUGCCCACCGGUCCGCAGCUGCGGCUAUUGUCCUGUGUAACUCUUGUUUUACUUCUUCAAGUCACCGACGCCAAGAAGGAUUUAAAAAGCGCCUGUACUACCUGUCAGCAAGUUACUGACAACUUCAACAAGGGCUUUGACAGAACAGCAAAGCAGAACUUUGGAGGUGGCAACACAGCCUGGGAGGAGAGAACACUGUCUAAAUAUGAGACGAGCGAGAUCCGUCUGAUGGAGAUCGUGGAGGGGCUGUGCGACAGCAGCAGCUUCGAGUGCAACCGCAUGUUGGAGGAGCACGAAGACCAUUUUGAGACUUGGUGGUUCAAGAGGAAAACAAAACAUCCCGAUCUGCAUAAAUGGUUCUGCAUCGACACCAUCAAAGUGUGCUGUCCAAAGGGAACAUUUGGACCGGACUGCAAUGACUGUGUGGGCGGCUCCGACGCACCUUGUCAUAGAAAUGGACAGUGUGACGGCGACGGGACUCGCGGAGGCAACGGGAAGUGCAGCUGUGACCACGGCUAUGAAGGGGAGUUCUGCCUCGACUGCAUCGACGGCUACUUCAACGAAGUGAGGAACGACACCUUCUCCCUGUGCACAGAAUGCCACUCGUCCUGCAAAACCUGCACUGGAGCGACCAAUCAGGACUGCGAUGAGUGCAAAGACGGCUGGGAGGACGACGAGCAGGAAGCUUGUGUUGAUGUAAACGAGUGCUCCGCAGAUCCUUCACCGUGUGAAGAAGAUCAAUACUGCCUCAACACGGAAGGCUCUUACUCCUGCUCGGCUUGCGACAAAUUGUGCUCCGGUUGCACUGCGGCCGGUCCUGAUAAGUGCCGGGCUUGUGCUGCUGGGUACCAAGACACAGAGGGCACCUGCACAGAUAUUGACGAGUGUUCCCAGCCAGAGCCGGUAUGCACCAAGGAACACGAGCAGUGUGUCAACACUAAAGGCAGCCAUGUGUGCAUCUGCUCCAGUGGUUAUGGGAAGCAAGAGGGAGAGUGUGUCCAGACGCUCCAGCCAGAAAAAGAAGAGGGGUCGGAAGCGUCCGAGACGACCACAAGUCCAAACGAGGAGCUUUGAUUUACAAACCAAAGACGGACCAGGAAGAACCUCUGCACAUCUGAAACUGCCCAUUUUUUUUACCAGAUGCACUUAGUACCAACAAACGCUGGCCACGCAAGUUUUUCUCCAGCAGUGGAUCAUGGAUUAAAGGACAAAAAAAGAGACAUUCUAUGCUCUCAGUACGCUGGUCGUUGUUGCUUUUCUCUGGUGUGCUCAAACUACCACUUGUCUUUAUUUGUUGUAUGGUUUUAAAAAAAAGAUUCAAUAAAGGUGAAUUAAAUAUAAUUUAAGAUAAACCCAUGUCAACAAGGGUGUGUGUGUAUAUUUUCUUGUACAAUGUGUCCUUUGUGUAGUGCAAUGGAUUACAUUAGCAGGUGGAUGUUGGGUGGUGUUGCAGUGAUCAAAGAUGACCACAUGGUGGCAGUGUUGCCAUAUAGAAUUUGGAUGCUUACAA